AUGACAGCCACGACAAGCACACGCGCGCGCACCCUCCUCCUCAUCGCCAUAACACUCGCAUCCCAAACCGAAGCCUUACGCUCGACCGGACGCGGAAGACGGUUAGUCGGCGGGGCCAUCGCAGGGAUCGUCAUCGGCUGCAUCGUAGCCGUAAUAGUAGCCCUCAUCCUCCUCUGGCUCUGCUGCCGCCUCUUCCGCCGCCGUCGCUCGGGCCGCGUCGCUGUUGCGCCCGCUCCUGGGCCGCAGCCUGCGUUCGCUGCGCCACCUCCACAUGCGGGUCAUGCAGACUAUGCCGCGCCGCCUGGUCCGCCGCCCGCGACGUAUCAACAGGGCCAGCAACAGCAGCCGUUCGUUGGUGGGUUCAGGCCGGCUGGUGGGAAGACUACCGUAUAA